AUGAAGUACUUAGUCAACACCUUGUUGAUACCAGGGUUUCUGAUGCUUCCUUGUGCUGUGGCUGCUCCCUUGACCCCGAUAUAUGGAGCGCAUAUCUAUCAAAUAAGGCCGUGUGCGGGAGCUCCAUCUCUCGUCCCGGCUGAUAACGGGUGCUACGACUUACGCUCGCUGGAUAUUAAGUCUUUGCAGAUUGAUAGAGCUGCAUCCUGCACAGCAUACACGAGUCCAUCAUGCGAUUCAGCACCUAUUGUCUUAUCAGGGGAGAAAUGCAUGGACUAUCCUUCUGCGGCGGCUGUUCGAUGUGUUCUGAAAUGA